UCUGACACAGCACCCUCCCCCUCCGACACAGCACCCUCACCCUCCGACACAGCACCCUCGCCCUCCAACACAUCAUCCUCACCACCCUGCAACACUGUACCCUCACCCUCCGACACAGCACCCUCCGGACCCUCCAAUACAGUACCCUCACCCUCUGACAUAGUACCCCCACCCUCCGACUCAGCACUCUCACCCAACAACACAGCACCCUCACCCUCCGACACAGCACCCUCACCACCCUCCGACACAGUACCCUCACCCUCCAACACAGUACCCUCACCCUCCAACACAGGAUCCUCACCACCGUCCGACACAGCUCCCUCAUCCUCUGACACAGUACCCUCACCCUCUGGCACAGCACCCUCACCACCCUCCGACACAGCACCCUCAUUCUCCAGCACAGUACCGUCACCCUCCGACACAGUACCCUCACCACCCUCCAACACAGCACCCUCACCCUCUGACACAGCACCCUCAACACCCUCCGACACAGCACCCUCACCACCCUCUGACACAGCACCCUCACCCUCCAACACAGCACCCUCACCUUCCAACCCAGCAUCCUCACCACCCUCCGACAGAGCACCCUCACCCUCCGACACAGCACCCUCACCCUCCUCUGACACAGCUUCCUCACCCUCUGACACAGCACCCUCACCCUCCGACACAGUACCCUCAACCUCCAACGCAACAUCCGCGCCACCCUCCGAAUCAGCACCCUCACCCUCCGACACAGCACCCUCCGGACCCUCCAAUACAGUACCCUCACCCUCUGACACAGUACCCCCACCCUCCGACUCAGCACCCUCACCCAACAACACAGCACCCUCACCCUCCGACACAGCACCCUCACCACCCUCCGACACAGUACCCUCACCCUCCAACACAGUACCCUCACCCUCCAACACAGCAUCCUCACCACCCUCCGACACAGCACCCUCACCCUCCAACACAGUACCCUCACCCUCCGAUACAGUAUUCCCACCCUCCGACACAGCACCCUCACCAUAUUCAGACACAGUACCCUCACCCUCUGGCACAGCACCCUCACCACCCUCCGACACA